AUGAAGAAAGACAAAACCGCUGACACAAGUCGGCCUUUUAAAUUAGCCCAUCAAAUUGUAAGUCUUACAGGCAUAAGCUUUCAAAGGAAAAGUAUCAUUGGAAUGGUUGAACUGACAAUAAUUCCAUUAAGAGAUAAUCUGAGAUUUAUUCAUUUGAAUGCAAAACAAUGUAGAAUAUACAAAGUUUGCUUGAAUGAUACAUAUGAAGUUCCUUUUCAAUAUUUUGAUCCGUUCCUAGACAUUUCUCAAGGAAACGAUAAAGAGCGGUCUUUGGAAUUUUUUUCGAAUCUUCAUUUAGCAGCAGCCCAAAAAGUUGAUCCAGACAAUAAUGCUGGUGAAUUGCUGAUACAAAUAACACCAGAUUUAGCUCAUUUGAUAGAAGAAAAUAAAAAUUUAAGGAUAGGAAUAGAGUUUUCCUUAGAACAACCACAAGGCGGAGUUCAUUUUGUCGUUCCAAACUGUCCGGGAACAUUGGCAGAGAAAGGAGCUCACAUGUACACAUACAGUUAUGAAAAUUCAUCAAGGUUGUGGUUUCCCUGCAUUGAUAGUUUUGCCGAGCCAUGUACAUGGAAACUGGAAUUCACUGUUGAUGACGCCAUGACUGCUGUAUCAUGCGGUGAUUUAAUUGAAAUAGUAUACACUCCUGAUAUGAGGAAAAAAACCUUUCACUACGUUUUAAAUGUACCAGCUUGUGCCCCAAACAUAGCUUUAGCUGUUGGACCGUUUGAGAUUUUUGUGGAUCCAUACAUGCAUGAAGUGACACAUUUUUGCCUACCUCAACUUUUACCUACUUUAAAAGCCUCAGUAAAAUAUUUACAUGAAGCAUUCGAAUAUUUUGAGGAGACAUUAUCAAACCGAUAUCCUUAUUCUUGCUAUAAACAAGUCUUUGUUGAUGAAGUUGAUGAGGAUGUCAAUGCAUAUGCCACAAUGAGUAUUCUAAACACCAAUUUGCUCCAUUCCAAUGCUAUAAUUGAUCAAGUGUACAUAACGAAAAAAGCAAUGGCCCAAGCUGUGGUUGAACAGUUUUUUGGUUGUUUUAUAUCAAUGCAAAAUUGGUCCGAUGUGUGGUUGCCGAAGGGAAUUUCGACUUAUCUUACAGGACUAUAUGCCAAAAAGUGUUUUGGUAACAAUGAAUAUCGGCAAUGGGUACAAUCGGAAUUGCGGGAAGUUGUAAAAUAUGAAGAACAAUUUGGUGGUAUAAUUUUGGAUUCGUCGCAGCCUCCUGCUCCCAUGCCAAUAGCAGGAAACACUCCAGCUCCUGCUCCACGAGCUCCAGAUCCUGGGUUUUACUUUCCAAUAAAAAAUUUGCACACUAUGUCGCCCAAAUAUAUAGAUGUUCUUCGCAAAAAAGCUCACUUAGUUAUGCGUAUGCUGGAACAUAGAAUCGGUCAAGAACUUUUGUUACAGGUCUUCAAUAAACAGUUAUCGUUAGCAGCCAAUGCUGCACAGCAGAAAAUCGAGUCAGGACUGUGGUCACAUAUGUUGAUAAGUACCAAUGUAUUUACAAAAGCUAUUUUUACUGUUACUGGUAAAGAUAUGGCAGUUUUCAUUGACCAGUGGGUGAGAACUGGAGGUCACGCUAAAUUUACUUUGAGUUUCGUAUUUAACAGAAAAAGAAAUACUGUUGAAUUGGAAAUACGCCAAGAUACGACACAUCAAAAAGGAAUAAGAAAAUACGUGGGUCCGUUGUUAGUAAAUAUUCAGGAGCUUGACGGGACGUUUAAACAUACACUACAAAUUGAAGGGACUGUGGCUAAAGCUGAUAUCACUUGCCACAGUAAAAGUAGAAGGAACAAAAAGAAAAAAAUUCCCUUGUGUACGGGGGAGGAAGUAGACAUGGAUCUUUCAGCCAUGGAUGAUUCUCCAGUUUUGUGGAUUCGUUUGGAUCCAGAAAUGACUUUGAUGAGGGCAGUGCAAAUUGAACAGCCAGACUAUCAGUGGCAAUAUCAGUUAAGACACGAGAGGGAUGUGACAGCUCAAUUGGAAGCUAUUGAUGCUUUACAAAAUCAUGCGACUCCAGCUACAAGAUUAGCAUUGACCGACACCAUUGAAAAUGAACAGUGCUAUUAUAAAGUGAGAUUACGGGCUGCUCACUGUUUAACUAAAGUCGCCAAUGCUAUGGUUGCUACGUGGGCAGGACCCCCGGCUAUGUUGGCUAUUUUUAGAAAAUUGUUUGGUUCUGCAUCUUGCAGAAGAAUAAUUAAACAAAACAAUUUCACCAAUUUUCAGCAUUAUUUUCUUCAAAAGACGAUCCCUGUAGCAAUGGCUGGUCUGCGGAAUGCACAUGGAAUCUGUCCUCCAGAAGUUCUUUCUUUUCUAAUGGAUUUGUUUAAAUACAACGAUAACAGCAAAAAUAGGUACUCUGACAAUUACUACAGGGCUGCAUUGAUAGAGGCGCUUGGCGCCAGUGUAACGCCAGUCAUUAGCAUACAACAUGGAACUGCUAUUACAGCUGAAUCUUUGUCGGCAGACACAAAAACUAUUUUAGAAGAAGUAACGAGACACUUAAAUUUAGAAAAAUUACUUCCCUGCUAUAAGUACACAGUCACUGUUUCUUGCUUGAAUGUUAUUAGAAUUUUGCAAAAAUAUGGUCAUCUUCCCAGCACUCCACUUAUUUUUAGAGAAUAUGCUGCUUAUGGUCAAUUUAUCGAUGUGAGGAUAGCUGCAUUGACGGCACUAGUUGAUUUUACAAAAGUUGAUGGCAAGUGGGAAGAUCUGGAAUUUUUGUUGGACAUGGCGGAAGGUGAUCCGCAUCCUGGAAUACACCACAAGUUGGUAAGAUUAUUAGUUGCGAAUCCUCCGUUUGAACGAGCACAUAAGCACAGAUUAGACAGACCAGAAUUGGUCGACCGCAUUUGGAGCCUUAUAAACUGUGAAUUAUCUCAUGAUCCAAAACUGAGAUGCGACUUGGUAGAUUUGUAUUAUACACUAUACGGAAGUAAAACUCCAAUGUGCCUUCCUAUUCCAGGACUAGAUACGUUAUUAAAACCAAAAAAAGUUAACCCACUUUUUCCAGAGAGCAAAACCCCACUGCCUCCGAUACCACACAUUAAACACGAAAUCCCUAACAAUUCUGAGGUAGCAAGUAACGUUCCAACUAAAAGAAAAGCAUCACCGGUGAAAGAAACUUCUGGAAUAAUACUGCCUGAUCAUGGCCUAGAUGUGAAACGUCAGAAAAUAGCAAAUGAUCAAAAUGAUAAUGCUACUGUUGACGGAAAAACAAAGUCUGAUUAUUACAGUGACAAUUCUGCAUCGCUUCCUGGUAUCAGUACAGGUGGUCCAGUUGGCUUUGAACCUGGAAUGUUUAAAAAGGAGGUGGAUGAAAGUAAACCCAAAGGAGAUGCUUCAAAUAAGGCCAAAAAGAAGAAGAAAGACAAAAAGAAACAUAAACACAAGCACAAACACAAACAUGAUAAGCAUGGGAAAGAUAAAGAAAAAAAAGACAAAGACAAGAAUAAAGAAAAAGAUAAGGACAAAGAAAAGGAUAAAGACAAAGAGAAGGAUAAGGGUAGCAAAGAAAAAGAUCCAGCAAUAAUUAAAGUAAAGGAGGAGACAUUGAGUUCAGGAAGUUCAAGUCCUAGUCCAGACGCGUCAACUGCAACUAACGAAUUUAUUUUCCCCUAGACUAAAGAAAAUUCUUGUGUCGCGAUUUUAAGACCUGUAUUUUAUUUGUAUAUCCAUA